CUAUUACUAUUAGCCACGAGGAGCAAGCAAAUGGUUACCGCAAUCAAUCCUGAAAUCGAAACCAAGUCCGCGGUUGCCGAAACCGCCGAGGCGCCCGCUCAGCCCGCCGCCGUCGACGUUUCCGCGAUCCCGGAAACCCCGGCCGAGUUGCUCGAGCAGUGGGAAAACACCCGCAAGCCCUCCGUCCAGGCGACCAUCAUGGCGAGUUUCGUCGCCCUGUGGAACGUGGUGGCCGGCCCGGGGAUGACCAACCGCGCCCGCCUGGAGCGGGAAAUCGCCGAGACCCGCGGCUACCGCGACGGUUUCACCAAACUGGCCUAG